UUUAUCGGCUCGCUGGAGGGGCGUAGAAAGGAGGCCAUAUUGUACAGUUAAAUUGAAAGAACGAAAAUAAUUGUAUCGCUGUGCGAUCGCUCCUACGUGCGUCCGCGCCACUCCGCCGACGGUUUCCCCUAUUUUUAUCGCGUAUCGUAUCGCGAGGACGGCCUGUCGCUCGUAAUCGCGCGCGGCAGCGAGAAGAGCAGCCUACGGGAGAGCCAAUCGGCGGCUCCUGGCCACCUUCGUCUUUGUAUAUAAGCCAUACAUCGCGCAGUAGUACGGCUCGAGCCUAGGGCCAACCCGACAUCGGCUCGCUGAAAGGUGCUUGUUGCUGUCGUCGAGAUGGGCACUCGGGACGACGAGUACGAUUAUUUAUUUAAAGUUGUUCUUAUUGGAGAUUCUGGAGUAGGAAAAAGUAAUCUCCUGUCUCGAUUCACAAGAAAUGAAUUCAAUUUGGAGUCAAAGUCUACCAUCGGAGUCGAGUUUGCUACACGCAGUAUACAAGUAGACGGUAAAACCAUUAAAGCCCAAAUUUGGGAUACAGCUGGGCAAGAGCGUUAUCGCGCAAUUACUUCUGCAUAUUACCGCGGAGCAGUUGGUGCAUUACUCGUGUACGAUAUCGCAAAACACCUGACGUACGAAAACGUAGAAAGAUGGUUACGAGAAUUACGGGACCAUGCUGAUCAAAACAUUGUGAUCAUGUUAGUGGGAAAUAAAUCAGACUUAAGGCAUCUGCGUGCUGUUCCGACUGACGAGGCUAAGGCGUUUGCUGAGAGGAAUGGCUUAUCAUUUAUUGAAACAUCCGCUUUAGACUCUACUAACGUUGAAACAGCAUUUCAAAAUAUAUUAACAGAAAUAUACAGAAUCGUAUCGCAAAAACAGAUACGAGAUCCACCUGAAGGUGAUACAAUCCGGCCACAGAACGUAGAACAAAUUGAAGUCAAACCAACGAUGAAUGCCGAGGGAAUGCGUAAGCAGUGCUGCCAGUGACUCACCUUGUUGCUUAAAAUAAGCGGUUAUAUGGCGGAGGAGAUAUUGGAAGUACUAGCUGGUGGUAGAUAUAGCAGGUGCAUCACAGAACGAGAGUUAAGACUAUGUGCGCGAGCAUGUAAUCUCGUAUGCUAGAAGAGGUUUUAUCCUUACUAAAUUACCAGGACAUCUAUCAGACCAUACGUGAGCGUAUGCAUUACAUAUUCACGGUAAUAAUUAAGUAAGGAUAAACAUCGAAAGAAAAAAAAAGAAAACUACGAUGUACACUGUAAACGCGAAAUACACACGCGCGCACCAUUCUGUCCGCGAAAAGGAAAAAAGAAAUUCAUCUUUACUCUCUCUGUCUCUCUAUCUGUCACGAUAUAAAUUAUGUUAUAAUAAAUGAAUGUUGUAUUACUGCUUCUUUGUAAUACAUAUAUAAACGAUUCUUCUUAACGCGUAGCAUGAUCGUGAGUAUGUGAAAAACAAUUUAUGGUCGUAUAUGCAUUGACGAGUAUCAUGAACAAGUUACUAUCGUGCACUGCGUAGAAGAAAACAAACUAAUGAUAAGUAAUGGGCUUACGGCGAAUACGAUAAAACGCGGCUGAAAACGAAAAAAAACGAAAAAAAGUAAAGAAACCAGCUGACUCGAGAUAGAUUUUUCUCGUUGCUCACUCUCGGCUCUUCGUAAAUAUAGUACUAGUCUGUAUAAGCUUGGGCACUACAUGCUUCGGAAUUAACUUUAUUUUUACACGGAGCUUUCCACCGAAACUUCUUACUACCGGUCGAAAUUGUAUUAAGAACGAAGCUGUAUAGUAGGCAUUUUUCAAACUUCUAAUAACGUUGCUUUCUGUGUGGCUGUACUGUAAUGUGUUAUCGUCACGCGCUUUUAUUUGUAUCCUAAAUAAAAUGGAGAGUGAGUAAA